AUGUCUGCAAAACGUGGAGUCGACUUCUUGAAAAACAUUGCCGAUUAUAUGGUCAAAACUAAUGGUCACGAUGCCAUUACCAAAGCGUUCAGGGUAACUGGAGGCGGUGAUGGACGGUGCAUUGGCGAAUUUACCAUAGAUAAAUCGCAUUUAAAUGCCGCUGGCGGAUUGCAUGGCGGCUACACAGCCACAAUGAUUGACAAUGUAACUACAUAUGCUCUUAUGUCGGCUGAUGCCCACCCCGGUGUCAGUGUGGAUCUAAAUGUGAGCUAUUUAAAAUCAGCUAAAGAAGGCGAAGAGAUUAUUGUGGAUGCAAAAACCAUAAAAGUGGGCAAGAAAUUAGCAUUUCUUGAAUGUGUACUAAAGAAGAAGUCGGAUGGUUCAAUUGUGGCCAAAGGAGGUCAAACUAAAUUCAUUGACUUUAAGAAAGAAUAACAG